AGAGCGGAAGAAGUGAGGAAGGAGGGAGGAGGGAAGAGGAGGUUCUUUCCUAACCUCCUCCCUCCUUCUCUCCAGUUACUGAAACUUUUAGGUCACUUCUUUAUUUGUAUUUACCCUCUUUACAAACUCUUUUCUCCUCCCGGAUGUCGCAGUAAGACGGUUGGCGGCGGCGCGGAGCUCCAGCAGCAGCGACAUGUCGGUGAGACCCGCGGCCGCCGGGACGCCACUGAGGGGGUGAUGGAGGGCGACAAAGACACGUCAGACGACAAGGAGGAGGAGGAGGAGGAGGAGGAGGACAAAGAGAUCCAUCUUCACCUGACAGCAGCAGCCUCCUCCUCUGUGGAUGACCAGGACCUUCCCAUCAUGCACUGGGAGGACCUGAGUCGGCGAAUCGCUGAGCUGGAGAAACAGGAGCAGGAGAGGAGAGAAAGGGCAAAGAGGAGACCGGGGCUGAGGGCAGAGGAGCAGCAGGAGGAGGAGGAGGAGGAGGAGGAGGAGGAGGACGACUUCAGGAGGGGCCGGCUCGCCGUCGUAGCUUCACGGUUCCACCGACACAGGAAGCUGCAGCUGUGCUUCAUCAACGACGAGGACAGUGACGAUGAAGACGACAAGAAGGUUUCCAUGGGAAAAAGAUGCAACGGUUGCCACGGCUCUGGACUGAAACAGGAAGUGGUGACGACUCUGAGGACGCUGAGGGACGAAGUGUUGGCUGAACUGAGGGAGAAGGAGCGUCUGUCCAACACCAGUGUCGUUCCAGAGAGGAAACAUCUGGAGCGUUGGGAGCUGCUGGAGUUUUCAGUCCAGCAGCUGAGCAGCAUGAGGACGUCACUGCAACAGGAAGUAGAGGAUCUGAGCUCAGAGCUCGUGGCUCAACUGUUGGUCCGGGACCAGCUGAGGACCAAGCAGGACGCCAUGCUGCUGGACGUCCAGGACCUGACCUGAAGACUCCCAGGACCUGACCCGGGACACGACCCCGCCCACUGACUGGACCAGGCUGCAGCCUGAUUGGCUGGAAGGUUUUUAACGUUUGGAAAGUAAAACGGAGCUUUUGAUUGGCUCCUCGGCCGGUCAACAGGUGUGGACUGUGAUGAUGAGACAGGAAGACGAAGGACGCGGAGGACGUGAAGUGCACGGUCAGCGGGAAGCUGAGGAGGCGGGGGAUCGUGACCUGUUUGAACCGCGCCGUUAAUGUUAAACCUGAGUUUAGACAAUUAUUUUUAGCAGACGUGUCGACGACCGCGUGGUCAGAUGAGGUCGUUUCCUCGCCGCACGGUAAACAGGAAGUCGUUUGAUCAACGCCAUGUUUGUUAUUCUCACUCUUCUGUUGUGGUUUGACCGUCAACGUUCAAACUAAAGCAAUUUUAUUUUAUUCUCUUCCACAAAAAACAAAUACAGAGUGGACUUUUCAAAAUAAAAGCCUCGUCCUCCGUGAAACGCACCAGUGGGUGUGGCCAGACGACGACGUUUGUGUUGAUUCACCAGCGUCGUCUGUUACUUACAACUAAGAAAAAAAAAAGAGACUGAAUCUGUCGAUACGAUACGAACCACGACACAGAGGCGACGGUACGAUGUACAGCGAGACAACAGUCACGACGACUGUCGUCCCAGUCUGGUC